AUGUCCACCCAGAAGGCUUUGAUCCUACACAGCAAGGACGCUGGGGAGUAUGUGAUCGGCACUCGCCCCAUUCCGUCGCCUGGCCCGGGUCAAGUACUCGUCAAAGUGCACUCGGCGGCAUUGAACCCUGUCGACAACCUACAGUUCUUUGGACCCAUAGUGCAAUGGUAUGGCUACCCUGCAGUUCCCGGAAGUGAUGGCGCGGGCACUAUCGAGGAAGUCGGCGAAGGCGUGACUGGCUUUGAGAAGGGCGAUCGAGUCAUCUUCCCGUGCUUCUGGAUUGCGGACCGCGGUACUCUCCAGCAGUACGCUCUCUCAGAUGCUGUCCGCACUGCGAAGAUACCGUCCAAGUUGUCUUUUGAUGAUGCAGCUACUAUCCCCUUAUGCCUGGCUACCGCUGCAGCUGGGCUAUACGGGGAGAUCAAGGAGGGCAAUGCGAGCCCUGGAGGUGGUAUUGGACUGCAAGCUCCGUGGACUGGUACCGGCAAAGGCAAGUACUCGGGCAAACCCAUCCUGAUCAUAGGGGGGUCGACCUCAGUUGGCCAAUACGCGACCCAGUUGGCCAAGCUAUCUGGCUUUAGCCCAAUCAUAGUAACCGCUUCUCGACGCAAUACCGAGUAUUGCAAGAGCGCCGGAGCGACACAUGUCAUCGACUACAGGGAAGUGCCAUACGCCGAAGUGCCUGAGGCUGUGGCCAAGAUCACGACACAGCCGAUCGAGGUCGUCUACGACGCGGUCACGACAACGGAGUCUUUCCCCGCCGGUUUGCGUGUCCUUGCGUCCGGUGGGAACAUGGCCGUGGUCCUUCCUCCCAGCAACGCCAAGGUUGGCUCGCGGGAUGCUGACAACAAGCUAGUCGUGUUCUGUUAUGGGAAUGUCAAUAACGAGGAUAACAAUGCGCUGGGCAAUAGCCUGUAUGCCAAGCUUCCGUCGUUGUUAGAGGGAGGGCUGAUCAAGCCUAAUGCUAUUGAAGUACUGCCCAACGGGCUGGCAGGGGCGUUUGGUGGUCUGGAACGUCUGGCAAGCUGGAGCGUCAGCGCAUCAAAACUCAUCGUCCAUCCGCAAGAAACAUGA